CAAGUAAUGCGCGUCGCCAUCCCUCACCGCUCGGUCGCGCGUCACAUUGCUACGACGCGUCCACGCGCGCAUGAGCCUUCUUCUCCUCUCCUCCUCCCUCCAAACUUUGCAGCAAAGAGCAAGUGAACACGUGCCAUUUACGGAAAGUUGUCGUUUGUAUUCCCACUGCCCAAUAUGGAAAACGCCGGUCCAGCUGAGAUGUUCCAAGAGCGACUGGAAGACGCUUUGCCAACCGCCGGCAACGCUUCACUGUGGAGCCACAACAUUAGCCUCGGUGAUGGGGAGGAGGAAUGGGAGAUGGAGGGCUUGUCGCCUAUCAUCCCUAUCAUCACCGCUCUCUACUCGUUGGUGUUUGUGGUGGGAUUGCUGGGAAACUGUUUGGUCAUGUAUGUCAUCAUAAGGUACACCAAGAUGAAGACAGCCACUAACACCUACAUCUUUAAUUUGGCCCUGGCUGAUGCCUUGGUCACCACCACCAUGCCCUUCCAGAGUACCGACUACCUCCUCAACACGUGGCCCUUCGGCGAAAUUGUGUGCAAAGUUUUCAUAGCCAUUGACUACUAUAACAUGUUCACUAGCAUCUUCACACUCACCAUGAUGAGCGUGGACCGCUACGUGGCCGUGUGCCACCCGGUCAAGGCGCUGGACUUCCGGACGCCGGUCAAAGCAAAGGUGAUCAACGUGUGCAUCUGGAUUCUUUCGUCGGCUGCUGGUAUUCCGGCUUUCGUCCUGGGCGGCACGCAGACAAACAACGGAAUCACAGAGUGCGCCUUACAGUUCCCUGAACCGUAUGUCUACUGGGAUACCCUGAUGAAGAUGUGCGUGUUCGUCUUCGCCUUUGUGGUUCCGGUCCUGAUCAUCACUGUGUGUUACUCCCUAAUGCUCCUGCGUCUCAAGAACGUCCGCAUGCUGUCCGGCUCUCGGGUUAAGGACAGAAACCUGCGUCGCAUCACCCGACUGGUGGUGGUGGUAGUGGCUGUCUUUGUGGUGUGCUGGACACCUAUCCAUAUCUUCAUCCUGGUCAAGGCUCUGGCCAACGUGCCAGAGACCACUGCAAUUAUGGCUGCUUACUUCUUUUGUGUGGCUCUUGGUUACAUCAACAGUAGCCUCAACCCUAUCCUCUACGCCUUCCUGGACGAGAACUUCAAGCGCUGUUUCAAGGACUUUUGUGUCUCAGCCAGGCGGCAGAAGGCCACCGGGAGCAGGAAGGUGGCCCUGGGGGCCGUGCAGGAGGCUGCUGUGCCUCUGCAGAACCCAGAUGAAAAUACCAAGCCCACAUGACUAGCAGUGGAACUGUCUUCUGUUUCCCUUGGCGGAAAAGAAGACUCGCGAGACUUGGUCCUCACCCACGUCACAACUGCAUUAUAGACGAUGACCGUGAUCUGGUGGACAUUGCUUGAAGCUUGGGCGUUACAGGGGACUCGGGAUGAUUUGCUCAUUUAACUCUAGUUAUCGAACCCACCAGAAACACCCUGAACCCCGAACAUUCUUUUCACUUACUUGAGUCAUCAUCAAAGUUCCAAAUAAUCUGUAUCUGAUGGUGUUUUUGAUGUGUCCGCUACCUCAAACCAAAUCAUAAGAUACACUGAAAAGACUGCCAAUUUAGAUGAUUUACUCAGCUGAUUCAAGUUAGGACUUCAAUGUUUUGGGUACUAACUCCCAAGAAGAAUGCGCACUUACGGCCAUCAACUUCUCCAACAUAGUUUCUAGUCUACACCAACAUAAGUCUGAAUCCCAUUAUCUAUGAUUUGUUGGAUAAGAACUUAAAGUUCAAAGAAUUCCUAGAUGUGAACAGUUGGGCUUUGUGCGAUAUUUGCCAAAGACUAGAAGAUGAAAUGUAUCGUUCUUUAGGUUCCUCUGCUACAGUUUUCACAAAGUGACUACUUUCAUUAGCGCAUUAGUACAACAAAUGCAAAUUCGUUAUUUGCCUAGCCUUAGCUCCCGGACCCUAGUUUGAAACAACUGGUUUUGUGUAUAGACUUUUCCACCAGAAGUGCCUUUAACAGUCCAGGAGUAUGUAAAGGUAGCAAGACUUGAAUGGUAUUGGCAGAUAAGAAUCUUCUUAAGAUAAAUAAAUGUUAACAAGAAGAAUCCUGGAAACGUUGCAAAUUUGACAGAGGGCUUCUCGUCAUCCACUUUGAUGAUUUCACCGUGUAUAAUUCCGUCACAUGAGCUCUGCACGGUAACAUAAUAAUCCCAUUGAGAUGCUCAUGCAUUGCAAGAUGUACUUAUUAUGAGAUAUUGUGCCCAGUGCCAUGGUAACAUGAUUGUAUUUAGUUCGCAAAUGUACUGACCUUGUAGCAUGUUACCUGUAGUACAAUAGCAGGAUAUACAGUAUAUGCUUGGUAGACGGUGCUGUUGUAAAUGAUACUGAAUGUUCCGCAUAUUCAUGGGACUACAUGAAAUGUCCUCAGUUCGCAGCUAUUUUUAUCUUUUCUGACAACAAAAAUAACUUCAGAGUUAUAACUCCAUAAAAGUAAGAAUAUUUCGGGAUAUGUUCGUCUCUGUUCGUCGUUUUCUUGCCGUUAUUCAUCUGCAGCUGUAUAUUUGCUUUGUCUAUAUACACACAUUAAAUACAUUUAAA